AUUUAGCCUAGGGGUUGUGCAAUUAGUUUUGUAAUUAGACUAUGUUUAAUACUCCUAAUUAGUGUCCAAACAUCCGAUGUGACAGGGGCUAAAAUUUAGCCCCUCCUGGCCAAACACCCCCUAAAUUAUUUAUUGAAAUAAGAGACAGCGUCCUUCUUCUUUACUUUCAGUUUUCGGCCGACAGGUGUGAUCUGAAAACGAUGGUGCAACAGAAUCCUUUAAGCCGACAUCUAUUUGUUUUCCCCUUUCGUUAUUUCACCGUGGUCACAGGCGUAGCCAUUAGGAUUUUACAGCUUCAGCGCUUCCAAACCCAUCUGGCACAGUGGCAGUAUUAAGAACUCCCUAAUCCAUUUCAAGCUACUGAACAGUCCUACCAAAUGACGCAUGAUAGUGCUGAUGCGCCACAUAUCCUGAAGCCAACCGAAAUGGGUAAGGUUUCAGGAAAGAAAAAGCAAAGAAAAGGGACGAGGAAACGAUUACAGAAACACACGAGGAAUUGGAAAUCCAUUAUACUUUUAUACUAUGAAAAUAUUCAGAAAAUCCAUUCGUACGUGCAGAAUGGGGCGGUGUGGGGGCGCGGGUUGGAACGGAAAACAGGAGAGGAACGGACAGAACGGGGAAAAAAAGGGAACAGGAGGAGCGGACGACGUACAAAGACGUAGAGAAAAAAUAGUCAAAUAGUGAUAGAGAAGAUUUGUAUCCGCAGGCCACAUAUCUUCCAACCUAAAACGACGUGCAACAGACUUUCUUGACCCGAACCUUUUCUUUUAGCAAUAACUUCAAUAUAAAAUUGUGAAGUAAUUCGUCCCCUUCCAUUUACCUGGUGGCGUCACAAAAUAUAACGAUGCCGUAGCUCAUAGUAGUUAUCGUCCACACAUAGAUUGUUCAAAGAAUCUGACACCACCAUGUAAAGCAUUUUUUUGGCGUCCUCAUUGAUGUUCUGCCAACCGCAUUGGAAUAUAGAACGACGAAGCUCCAUAAUUCUCACGUCCAUCGACACAUUCAGAUUCUUCAGAAAGAUGCUGUCACCAACCUGUAAGCAAUUUGCCUCAUAGCCUGCACUGCGUCUUUUUUUUUAAAAAAAAAGAACAUCUAAAUAACCUUAUAACCAGUCCAAAGGAGGAUUAAUACAGCCUAGCUCCAGCAGUCUAAGCACUAUUCCUUCCAUUAAUUGAUGACAUCUAUACUUGCCGAUUCAGGGAAAGAAGAUACACCAGAAAUAAUGCUGGGCAAUGCAAAUGAUAGUAUCUUGGUAUGCGUUUCCUGUCAUCUCUAUCCCACUUGUGAUCCUCCCAGCUUUGUAAAUGGGGAGGCUUGGCCACUUCUUGCUCACAAGUCUUCUCUCCGCGGCGAGUUCUUCCCUCAACUCAAACUCCAGUGCCAUUUCUUAACACCUCCGGUCUGAGUCAGCCCAAGCAAAAAUAUUGCCCAACUCCUGCAGCUGCAUCUCCUAUUCUCCCUGUUGGUACGGUGCCCUGGUCUGCCGUGCCAGUCGAUCUUCUUAAAUUAUUGCCCUUCUUUCAUUGACCCAGGACGUCGUGUGCCCAUAUAUUCAGCUGCAGCACUAAAGACAGUGUACGAGAUUCAAUUGGAGAGUCCGUAGUGGAAUGAAGGAGACAUCUUCCUCUGGACCAGAAGCAGAGGCAAGCGAAAUGCCGUCACUGAAGGACCUCUUUGAUGCCUCAGGGCCUACGUACUUGACAUAUGUGAAUUGGAACUGCCCGCACCACCGGCGCUCCGUCAUGGCGAGCCUUGUCCAGGGCGUGUACGUCCUCGAGCGCGACCGGCAGUGGAACCGGCAGGGCCCCGACGCCCGCGCGCCGGCGUGGUGGAGGUUCUUCCACUUCGAGCUGCAGCAGGUGCUCGUCGACGCCGCCGACGGCUCCAUCUUCGGCGCCGUCUACGCGUUCCAGCCGCCGUUCCGCAUCCCGGACCCCACGGCCGCCGCCGGCGCCCCGCUCUACGUCGUCGCCUUCCGCGGCACCAUCACCAAGAAAGGCUCGGCGAAGCGGGACCUGGAGCUGGACCUCCAGCUGGUCCGCAACGGGCUGGAAGGCAAGUCCCGCUUCCGCGCCGCCAUGCAGGCAGUCCACGACACGGUGGCGGCCGCGGCGGCGGCCGGGCUGGGGCAGCACUGCCGCGUCUGGCUGGCGGGCCACUCGCUGGGGUCGGCCAUCGCGACGCUGGCCGCCAAGACCCUGGCCAGGGCGGGCGCCGCCGUGCUGCCCACGUUCCUCUUCAACGCGCCGUUCGUGUCGGCGCCGGUGGAGCGGAUCGGGGACCGGCGGGUGAGGCAGGGCAUCCGCAUCGCCAGCAGCUUCGUCACGGCGGGCGUGGCAGCCGUCCUGCAAAGGGGCGGCGGCGGCGGCGUGCACGACGCGUCGUUCGCGGCGCUGGCGGUGUGGGUGCCGAACCUGUUCGUGAACCCGGCGGACCCCAUCAGCGCGGAGUACGUGGGGUACUUCGACCACAGGAGGAAGAUGGAGGCCAUCGGGGCCGGCGCCGUGGGGAGGCUGGCGACGAGGAACUCGGUCAAGGACCUGCUGCUCGGCAUUGGCAAGGGAGGCGGCGGGUGCGAGCCGCUGCACCUGUUCCCGUCGGCCGUGCUGACGGUGAACCGCGGGCCGUCGCCGGACUUCAAGACGGCGCACGGGAUCCACCAGUGGUGGCGGCCCGAUCUGGCGCUCGAGUGCACCGUGCAUUACUACACUUGAUUGAUGAUCACGACGAGCGUUUAGAGUUGGAGAUCCUGCGUAGUCUAUCUAUCGGACUGUUUAACUGAAACAGAAACCGAGAGAGUUAAUUGGUAGGAGAGCCCUAAUUGGUACUCCUCCAUGGAAUUGCAAUGUUUGCAUUGAUCAAAUUUCAAAUCUUUGCACUCAUCCGUGUGAUCGUUCGACGGUGAGCGUGGGAAACUGGGAACACGUUUUAGCAUAAAAAAGAAAUGUCGUGAACGAGGGUGAAUGGUAAAUCAGGAUUAAUUUUAAAACCCGAAGUACAUUUCUGAUGAACUAAUAACU